CUGACAUGAUGACCAUUGAUUUUUAAACAUUGACAUAUUGAUUAGUGACAUGUUGACCAUUGACAUGAUUACCAUUGGCAUUAGGACCUGAAUAUUGACAUUUAAAGGAGCCAUAUUUUAUAAUUUCAUGUCGAGUCAUCAUUAAAUGGCCCUGAUAUGUCAAAAGGCAUUAAUAAAUCAUGUUCUUUUCGAAUACCUCUACAACUGAUAACAGUAGUUCAGCCGGGAUAUGCUCAUUGCUGAAUUAGAUUUACAGAAUUGAAUUGAAUUGACCAUUGACAUGAUGGUGGAAACUGACCCAGAAUCUGGGUUAUGUUUUCAGUUUAAGUUGAACUGACCAAGAUUAGUACAUUUCAAUGUGUAUAAUGUGUUGACAUGUUAAAGAAAGAGUUGAGUGACAGGAGGCCCUGAAGACUUGGAGGUGCUUGUUGACAUGACGACAACUAUUUGUGGAACACGUAAUGAGAUCCAUGGAGGGUGAACAAGUCUUAUAAAAGAUGUGAUCCUACUCCGACACUUCACUUUGUGCAUUGUAGAGAUGCAGACAUGGGUCAAUGUAUUCUUCAUUUUAGGACUCUUGUUUGCUUCGACACAGUCUGCUGGACCUUUUUUAUUUUUUAAUCUGGGACUAACUUCAUGGAUGCUGAAUUCAAUGGAACAUAUAUAACUCUUGGUGGCUUUGUAGACGUGGACAAAUAUGGAUAUAUUUACUUUGUCAUCUUGUUGAUUCUAUAUAUUAUCAUCCUCUGUACUAACUGCACCCUUAUAUGUCUAAUCUGGAUCCACAGGAACCUUCAUGAGCCUAUGUACAUUUUCAUUGCUGCUUUGUCAAUCAACUCUGUUUUGUUUAGCACUGUUAUCUACCCCAAACUUCUUAUUGACGUCUUAUCUCAAAAACAGACCAUUUCUUAUUCUGCUUGUCUGUUUCAAUAUUUUCUUUACAAUUCUGUAGGUGUUUCAGACUUCUUACUGUUGUCAGCCAUGGCUUAUGACAGGUAUGUGUCUAUCUGCAAACCUCUGCAUUAUCCAACUAUCAUGGGAAAAAGAACUGUUAUUGUCCUCUUGACUUUGGCCUGGUUUCUACCUGCAUUGCAGCUCGGAGUUGGAGUUGUAAUUAUACCUCAACAAAAAAUAUGCAAGUUUACUUCAGAGGGAUUCUGGUGUAACAAUACAAUCCACAGGCUUUACUGUGCAAAAUCUAAUUUCUUUACUAUUUUUGUUUUGUUUGUCAUGAUAACUAUUGUUGUUCUUCCUAUGAUGUUCAUCCUUUUCACAUACAUGAACAUAUUUAAAAUAACGUUUCACAGUUCUGUAGAAGUUAGGAAAAAAGCUAUGGAGACAUGUUUACCCCACCUGAUUAUUUUAAUCUGCUGGUCUUGUUUAGGUGCAUUUGUUGCUAUGACCGAUCAAAUGCAAUCAAAUCUUCCAAAAGGUGUACUUUUAGUAAUCACUUUUCAAAUGAUUGUGCUUACUCCUUUGUUGAAUCCAGUCAUAUAUGGAGUGAAAAUGAGAGAAAUAUGGAUGCACAUCAAAAGAUUGUUUUGUUAG